UGCAAUUCACUUUCUCAAACCUCAAACAUGGCGAAACCCAGUCUUUCUCUUAUCAAUCUCAUCAUCUUCAUCAUCGUCACUUCAUCUCUACCAUCACUCCAAUCCAAACCUCUCCCACGCUUCCUCGGAAAGUUAUCGCGUUCUUCACCGCCCAAUUCGGAACGACGUCACCAGCACUCAAAACCAAUCCAAUACGAAACCCGCUACUUCCCGCAGAACCUCGACCACUUCAGCUUCUCCGACACCCCGAAAUUCCAGCAGCGCUACCUCGUCAACUCCGAGAACUGGGUCGGCCCACAACGCCACGGCCCGAUCUUUCUUUACUGCGGCAAUGAAGGCGACAUCGUAUGGUUCGCCGAGAACACCGGCUUCGUCUGGGAGCUCGCGCCUCGUUUUGGCGCCAUGGUUCUAUUUCCCGAACAUCGUUACUAUGGAGAGUCGAUGCCGUUUGGGAGUGAAGAAGAGGCGUACAAGAAUGCCAGUACGCUGUCGUUUCUUACGGCGGAGCAAGCGCUGGCCGACUUUGCUGUGUUGAUCACGGAGCUUAAGCGGAAUUGGUCGGCGGAGGGCUGCCCUGUGGUGCUCUUCGGUGGUUCUUACGGCGGAAUGUUGGCAGCAUGGAUGAGGCUCAAGUAUCCCCACAUUGCGAUCGGUGCGCUUGCUUCUUCGGCGCCAAUUCUUCAGUUUGAAGAUAUUGUGCCGACAGAGACGUUUUACGACAUUGUUUCCAAUGAUUUCAGGCGCGAAAGUAGCAGCUGCUUUAACACUAUCAAGGAGUCGUGGGAUGCAUUAAUGACCAUAGGUCAGAAACAAAAUGGCUUGCUCGAGUUGACAAAAACAUUCCAUUUAUGUAGAGAAUUAAAGAAGACAGAAGAUCUUGCAGAUUGGUUGGAGUCUGCCUAUAGUUAUCUGGCAAUGGUGAACUACCCAUAUGGGUCGGAGUUUAUGAUGCCUUUGCCCGGACACCCAAUAAGAGAGGUUUGUAGAAGGAUCGAUGGUUGUCCUGAUGGGACUAGCACUUUGGAGCGUGUAUUUGAAGGCAUAAGUGUAUACUACAAUUACAGUGGAAAUGCGGACUGCUUUGAGCUGGAAGAUACUUCUGAUGUUGGCACAGAUGGUUGGAAUUGGCAGGCUUGCACAGAAAUGGUUAUGCCAAUGUCUAGUAGCCGGGAUAGAAGCAUGUUUAAAACAUAUGAUUAUAAUUUCUCCUCUUUCCAAGAUUGGUGCUGGAAGGAGCUCAAUGCAAAACCAAGGCCUACAUGGAUAACAACAGAGUUUGGUGGACAUGAUAUUAAGGCCACUUUGAAAAACUUUGGAAGUAACAUCAUCUUCUCCAAUGGCUUAUUGGAUCCAUGGAGUGGUGGCAGUGUUCUCCAGAAUAUAUCUCAAUCAAUCGUUGCACUUGUUACAGAAGAAGGUGCCCAUCACAUAGACUUGCGAUUUUCAACUAAAGGGGAUCCUGAUUGGUUGGUGGAGCAAAGGGAAAGUGAGAUUAAGCUAAUACAAGGGUGGUUAGAUGAAUUCUAUCAAGAAAAGAAAGCAGCUUUUGACAUGUAGUUCUACAAAAUGUAAAUUCCAAGUAAUCUUUUUAUAUGUUUUUCUUGCACCAAAAGGAACCUCAGUCCUUGUGCGUCAAACAUGAAGCAGGACAAAUGUAGAUAUUACUUUCAUGCCAAUAAAGUUAGUCUUGUAAAUUCAGAUCAAACCUACUGUUGUGUCGUAUUCAAGGAAGAAAUUGCGGAAUAUAGAGCACAGCAGACUUGAACAGAGAUAGUAAUACAGUUGUUUCGUAUAGAAAUUAGAACAAAAUAUAGAGAAAUAUAUUUAUC